AUGGAAGUACUGUUGACUGAGCCUUUAGGGCGGGCGAGGGCACUGCAGCUGCAGCAGCUUCCGCAGCAGCAGCAGCAGCAGCAGCAGCAGCAGCAGCGGCGGCGAGUCAAAGACACACUUGAUUUAGCCGCUGCAGCAGGGACUGCGGCUGCAGCAACUCGCGAAAUAGCUGCAGCAGAAGCAGCAAAGAGGCCUCGAGAAGCAGCAACAACCGAAGAAGCUGCUGCUGCUGCUGCUGCUGCUGCUGCUGCUGCUUCCUUCGCUCCGCCAUUUGCACAGAAGAAGAUGGCUGCUGCCUCUCGCGCGCGCAGCAGCAGCAGCGCCGCUCUGGUGCUGCUGCUGCUGCUGCUGCAGCAGCAGCAGCAAAACGCCGCGGCCUUUGAGGCCCCCGCACACGAAGCCAUCUCAAUGACAGCCCUAUCAGGUAGUGUGCGUUCACCCCACGCGUGUCCUGCUGCAGUGCAGCAGCAGCAGCAGCAGCAGCAGCAGCAGCAGCAGCAAUCCCGGCGGCGUGCUGCAGCAGCAGGCCCGCCGGGUGUCUGA